AUUCCUCCCUCAACUUUCUUUCAGUUGUGUUGCUCUGUCCUCGUUUUCCUCUCAUUCACAUGGAAACAAUCGCUGUAUUCCUCCCCACCUCUGUCUCUGCUUCCUUUGUUUAGGCGGCACAAUCUGUCCUCUCACUUUCUGUUUCCGACAAAAGACUAUAACUCAGUGUUUGUUUCUCUGUGAGCGCAGUAAUUGCAGCUCCUUCUCUUUUGAGCACCAGCAGACUGAAGCUCCUCUGGAUCAGUUCUGUAUGAGCUGGAUUUGGCUUUGUGUUCUCGAUAAAGGAGGAUUUUACCCAGCAACCUGGCGGAUUUAUUCUCUCCCCUGAGCAACAGUUGCUUGAAACUUUCACAGUAACCAAGACGAGGGAGGUCAAGCACAAAGCGUCGUAUGAGUCUGAAAACCGACGAUGUGUUUUCAUCAGAGAAAAGACACUAAGGAGUAACUAUGGAGCGGACAGGAAAGGAAAAGCAUUGAAGUUUUGAGGGUCUCCAGGGAACCUUGUUGUUCUGUGUGAACUUUGGAUGAAAGAAAAAUAUCAAGAGGACAAGUUUUGUUGAGCUGAAACUCUUCCUGGCUCGGCCAACUCUGGAGCAUUUUCAUGCUGUUUUCAACACUUCAAAAAUGGGCCUUCUGUCGAUUUUACUCCGUUGGAAGUAAUAUUUUGCAAACUGUUGUGUAAGAGCUACUUUACCCCUUCCAGGAUGUAUUUUUGUGUAAAUUAGCGUUUGGAUUAUGUAAGAGCCUUCUGAAAGGCAUCUCAGGAUCCUGCUGUGCUUGUUUAUUUGACUUCGGCACGUAGCGAUGCGAGGCUGUGAAGCGCCGAGCUGCCUCUCCGUCCUCGGAGCAGACAGGCACAGGAAGGGGCAGACAUGCGUUUCUAUGGCGAUGAGCGGCUGCAGUCCUUUCCCCUUGUGCUGGGACCGAGAAUAUGACAGACACCUAGCAGCGGCAGUCUCAGCAGGGAAAACCAUGGCAACAGCCUAUAUGGACCCCAACCUGAACAAUGCCUUCCUAGCAGGCGCCAAGUCUCGGCUGAGCGCAGGGGGAUCGGACCGCACCAUGGCUGGUUCCGUGGACAGGGUUCUGAAAGUCUUCCAUUACUUUGAGACCAACACUGAACACAGCUUCUGGUCAUCCAACAUCAGAUACGGAGAUGCGACUGAUGUCAGGGGGAUCAUCCAGAAGAUUCUGGACAUCAACAAGGUCCGUUGGACCUCAUGCUUUGGCCUCCGACUCAGCAACAGCCAGUCCAGAGACCAAUUGCACUGGCUCCACCCGGACAUGGGUGUGUCCCACAUCAGGGAGAAAUACGAACAGGCACGGCCCAACGAGGAGUGGAGGUAUGAGCUAAGGAUUCGCUACCUCCCUAAAGGCUUCGUCCAGCAGUUUACAGAAGACAAACCUACACUCAACUACUUCUACCAUCAGGUGAAAAAUGACUACAUGACACAGUAUGGGGAUCAGGUGGAACAAGAUGUAGCACUCAAGCUGGGCUGUCUGGAAAUCAGGAGGUUCUUCAAAGAGAUGAGAGGAAAUGCUCUGGACAAGAAGUCCAACUAUGAACUACUGGAGAAAGAUGUCGGUCUGAGGCGGUUUUUCCCUAAAGAUCUGCUGGACUCUGUCAAGGCUAAAACCCUCCGGAAGCUAAUCCAGCAAACAUUCAAGCAGGUGGCCAAUCUCAACGACGAGCAGUGCAUCCUCAAGUUCCUGGAGAUACUCGCACCGAUUUACCGCUACGACAAAGAGUUAUUUAAAUGUGCCCUGGGGUCCAGCUGGGUGAUUCAGGUAGAGUUAGCCAUCGGGCCAGAAGAAGGCAUCAGUUACCUCACUGAUAAGGGAUCAACGCCAACACAUUUAGCAAACUUUAACCAAGUCCAGUCCAUUCAGUACUCGGCUAUGGAGGAGAAAGACAGGAAAGGCAUGCUGCAGCUGAAUGUAGCUGGAGCUGCUGAGCCUCUCACAGUUACAACAGCGUCGCUCACCACGGCGGAAAACUUGGCUGACUUGAUUGAUGGUUACUGUCGGCUCGUCUCCAUGGAAACGCACUCGUUCAUUGUCAGAGUACAGAAAGAGGGAGAGAGAGCUCUGCCUUCCAUCCCAAAAGUUUCCAACAAUGAGAAAAAGUUAGAGGCAGUCCGGAGCGGAGUAAGAACGAUCUCUGUUUCUGACCUAGCGACAUCGACGUCCCCCAAGCCAACCAAGGCUCGGCGUUUACUCCUCCCCUUUGUCUUCUGCUCAGACUCGCCGCCCAAUGAAGACCUUAGCGGGGACGAGACUGACGACUAUGCAGAGAUAGUUGAUGAAGAGGAUACGUACACCAUGCCCUCAAUGAGCUAUGGAGUAGUUGAAGCACGGGAUUAUGAGAUCCAGAGAGACAGGAUAGAGUUGGGUCGCUGCAUCGGAGAGGGUCAGUUUGGCGACGUUCACCAAGGAGUCUACAGCUGCCCGGACAAGCCGCCUCUGCCUGUUGCCAUCAAAACCUGCAAAAACUGCACCACAGACAGCGUCAGAGAGAAGUUCCUUCAAGAAGCCUUAACAAUGCGCCAGUUCGACCACCCUCACAUCGUUAAACUGAUCGGCGUGAUCACAGAGAACCCGGUGUGGAUCAUCAUGGAGCUCUGCACGCUCGGAGAGCUGCGGUCGUUCCUUCAGGUGAAGAAGUACAGCCUGGACUUGGCCACCCUCAUUCUGUUUUCCUACCAGCUCAGCACAGCGCUGGCCUACCUGGAGAGCAAACGCUUUGUGCACAGAGAUAUUGCGGCGCGUAAUGUGUUGGUCUCCUCUGUGGACUGCGUGAUGCUCGGAGACUUUGGUCUGUCUCGAUACAUGGAGGACAGCUCUUACUACAAAGCUUCUAAAGGUAAACUUCCUAUUAAAUGGAUGGCACCAGAAUCUAUCAACUUCAGGAGAUUCACCUCUGCUAGUGACGUUUGGAUGUUUGGAGUGUGUAUGUGGGAGAUUUUAAUGUACGGCAUCAAGCCGUUCCAGGGGGUAAAGAACAACGAUGUGAUUGGUAGGAUAGAGAACGGGGAGCGGCUGGCCAUGCCUCCCCAGUGUCCGCCCACCCUCUACAGCCUGAUGACCAAAUGUUGGUCGUACGACCCCAGCAAGAGGCCACGCUUCACUGAACUCAAAACACAACUCAGUGUCAUACUGACAGAGGAGAAGGGUAUACAAGAGGAGAGGCUGAGGGAGGAGAUGAGGAGGCAGGUCACCGUUUCCUGGGACUCUGGAGGUUCAGAUGAAGCUCCACCGAAACCCAGUCGGCCAGGCUAUCCCAGCCCUCGCGUCAGUGAAAGCUUCUUUUCCAACCACUUCCAGCCGUCGCCUGGUGGAGUCGGAGGAGUAGGAGGCAGCUAUUCCUCUUCUGAUUCGUGGAAUCAGCUCAGACCUGAACAUGCACCACUGUGGAACCCAACUAUGGAGGAGAGACUGGAUGUGAACCAGGCUCUGAUGGAAGAGACGCUGAUAAAGCAGCAGCAGGAGAUGGAGGAAGACCGGCGGUGGCUGGAGCAGAAGGAGAGCCACAUGGUAAUGAAACUCACACAGAAAGAGAGUUUGUGAUCAUAGCCGUUCAGUUUUCACCGCAAGAAUACAAAAUAUUACCCAGACAAGCAUCAGGAAAUAAGUUGCAUGAGCUUUGAUUUUCACAUUUGUCAUUCAGAUUAGAAAUUGUGCCACACUGUGUUUGUUCACACACCUAGUGGGAUGUUAAAGAGAUAAAACAGAAAACAAUGCAAGACACCAGAGGAAUGAGUUU